CCCGGUUUCCGGAAGUGCGUCACGGGCUCGGGCCUGUCUCCUGCUGAGUCCGGGCGCGCGGAACUUCGGCUCGAAACAAAACAACCCGCGGAGCCGCCGGGCGGGGGGUCACUUGUUCCUUGCCAGAGAGUUUGCCCACAAAGAGUCGCCAAGAUAGCUGGGCCAGGAAGAAAGCGUCGAACCCCUGACCCAGAUUCCAUCACUGACCCCGGUGGGCCGUUUGUCUCCUCCAAACGGCUGAAAAUGUCCAGCAGCACCAGUGCCCCAGGCCAGAGGCGAGCAUCCCGUGGGCUGGAGGAUGCAACCAACAAGAAGAGGCAGAAGGACCGAGCAAACCAGGAGAGCAAGGAGAGCGAGAGACCCCCUGGCAGUGACCCUAAGAAAGACCUGCUGCUGGACUGGAAGCAGAACGCUGAUGAGGUCAUUGUGAAGCUGAACUUGGGCAGCGGGGCCCUGAAGUUGGAGGAGGUGGAUGCUGCGUUCACAGACACCGACUGCGUUGUCAGGCUGCCAGAUGGCCGCCAGUGGAGUGGCCAGUUCUACGGGGAGAUCGAGAGCUCCUGCAGCAAAGUCCAGGGUAAGAAGGGCAACUUCCUGCAGCUGGUGCUUCAGAAGAAGAUCCCCCUGCACACCUGGGCUUCACUCCUGAAGAAGCGGAAGGACGGAUCCAAGGAGCUAGCCAAGGGGGCCGUGAGCCCGAAUGGGAAGGAGCAGCCCCCACCCGCACAGCCCACCCCUGAGGAGCCGGCGAGGAGCAAACGGGAGUUCCCGAACUCAAAGCGAGCUCCAGGGAGGGGUGAGGCCCCUGAAGGGAAGAGCCCAGCCAGCCCCGGGCUGCAAAGCGGGCCCAGCGCCAAGCGGGCAGGGUACCUCAAGGUGGCUCUGAUGGAGGAGGAGCCAAAUGCCGGGGUCCCUGGGGGCUUGGAGCCUGGCAAGGGACCCAGCGGGAGAGGGGGCAGCCGGCAGAACGGCCAAGCAGCCUGCGGUGAUGCUGCCACGGGCCUGACCCCGCCUCUGGUGAAGGCCGAAGUGCUGCAGAAGGAGCCCGUACUUGUGGGGAUGCAGCCACUUGCUGCCCCUUCGGAGAGCUUCCCCCAGCACAUGGCACCCUGCCUGGAGAAGAGAGCCUUGCAGCCGGCUGCUUCCCAGUGCCUGGCAGCCCUUGGAGAGGGCCCCGAGGCUGUCCUGGCCCCCGCCUCCCCUCCGCUGAGCAGAGACGCUGAGAAGAGCGACUGGUCCAAGGAGGAUGUUGCCCUGGAAGUAGCAGCGGAUGAGCCAGAGCCCAUGGUGAGCCUGACCUUGGUGAAGAACGACUCGUACGAGAAGGGGAGUGAUUCGGUAGUGGUGCACGUCUACGUGAAGGAGAUCCACAGGGAGACCUCCAAGGUGCUGUUCCGGGAGCAGGACUUCACGCUGGUGUUCCAGACCAGUGAUGUGAACUUCCUGCGACUGCACCCCAGCUGCAGCCCCCGCACAGUGUUCAGGUGGCAGGUGAAACUCAGGAACCUCAUUGAGCCGGACCAGUGCACAUACAACUUCACCGUCUCCCGCAUCAACAUCUGCCUGAAGAAACGCCACAGCCAGCGCUGGGGGGGGCUGGAAGCCCCGGCUGCACGAGGCUUAGGAGUGCAGUGGUGUGCAAAGGUCGAUGCAACAGGCCUACCCCCCUGGAUAAGAGCCAGCCUGGGCGGUAACCAGCAUCCCUUCCAUAAGGAGGAGGCUGCGCCAGGGGAAAGGAGCAAGCCCAGAGCAGAGGCUGGUGCCGCUGGCAGGGCGUCGUGGCCCGGACGCCACAGAGCACGCACAGUGAAGCAGGAACCGCACGUACGGCAGCCCAAGCCGAUGUGCAUGGUGCCGCCAAUGACUCACAGCCCGGUGAGCAGCGAGAGCGUGGAGGAAGAUGAGGAGGAGGAGGAGAAGAAGGUGUGUCUGCCGGGCUUCACGGGGCUGGUGAAUCUGGGGAACACCUGCUUCAUGAACAGCGUCAUCCAGUCCCUGUCCAACACGCGGGAGCUGCGGGACUAUUUCCAUGAUCGCUCCUUCGAGGCUGAGAUCAACUACACCAACCCGCUGGGCACGGGGGGACGCCUGGCUAUUGGCUUCGCUGUGCUCCUGCGGGCGCUCUGGAAGGGCACCCACCACGCCUUCCAGCCCUCCAAGCUGAAGGCAAUCGUCGCCAGCAAGGCCAGCCAGUUCACGGGCUACGCCCAGCACGAUGCCCAGGAGUUCAUGGCCUUCCUUCUCGAUGGCCUGCACGAGGACCUGAACCGCAUCCAGAACAAGCCCUACACAGAGACGGUGGACUCGGACGGGCGGCCCGACGAGGUGGUGGCAGAGGAGGCCUGGCAGCGGCACAAGAUGAGGAACGACUCCUUCAUCGUGGACCUCUUUCAGGGCCAGUACAAGUCCAAGCUGGUGUGCCCAGUGUGCUCCAAGGUAUCCAUCACGUUUGACCCCUUUCUCUACCUGCCGGUGCCCCUGCCCCAGAAGCAGAAGGUGCUGACUGUCUAUUACUUUGCGAAGGAGCCGCACAAGAAACCUGUCAAGUUUCUCGUCAGCAUCAGCAAGGAGAACUCCAGCGCUGUGGAGGUGUUGGAGUCGGUUGCCCAUAGCAUGCGUGUGAAGCCAGAGAACCUGCGCCUGGCAGAGGUGAUCAAGAACCGCUUCCACCGCAUGUUCCCGCCGUCCCAGUCACUGGACACGGUCUCCCCCACAGACCUGCUCCUGUGCUUCGAGGUGCUGUCCCCAGAGCUGGCCAAGGAGCGGGUGGUGGUGCUGCAGGUCCAGCAGCGUCCCCAGGUGCCCAGCGUCCCCAUCAGCAAGUGCGCGGCCUGCCAGAAGAUGCAGCAGGCAGAGGACGAGAAGCUGAAGCGCUGCACUAGGUGCUACCGAGUGGGCUACUGCAACGUGGGGUGUCAGAAAACACACUGGCCAGAUCACAAAGCCCUGUGCCGGCCUGAGAACAUCGGCUUCCCCUUCCUCAUCAGUGUGCCGGAGUCGCGCCUCACGUACUCCCGGCUGGCCCAGCUUCUGGAGGGCUAUGCAAGGUACUCAGUCAGCGUGUUCCAGCCUCCUUUCCAGCUGUGCCCACAGCCCCUGCUCCCCGAGAAGCUGGACCUGCCUGCGAGGAGUAGCUGUGCGGCUGCCCCCCCUGCCCCAGAGGCGGGGGAUGCAAACAGAGCCCCACACCGUCAGGAGCCCCAGCUAUCCACCCCGGAGCUGCACCCGGAGCUGGGGGAGGCCAGCACAGUGCCCAGGAGUUCCACACUCAGCUCCGACUCGGGCUGCUCUGAGCACUCUCUGGAGGUCCAGGGCGAGGGCUGCUGGGUGAAGGAGCCGUCCUACGAGCGAGGCCCCAAGCCUGAAGCUGCCGUCCCCGGGUACCAGCAUGCGCCCAACGCACUCAGUGCCCAUGCCACCCAGUUCUACAUCAACAAGAUUGACGGAGCCAGCCGAGAGCACAAGCUGGAGGACAAAGGCGAUGCCCCGCUGGAGCUGACGGACGACUGCUCCCUGGCCCUGGUGUGGAAGAACAACGAACGCCUCAAGGAGUUUGUGCUGGUGGAGUCCAAGGAGCUGGAGUGUGUGGAGGACCCGGGCUCAGCCAGCGAGGCAGCCAGGGCCGGCCACUUCACACUGGGCCAGUGCCUCAACCUCUUCACCAAGCCUGAAGUGCUGGCGCCCGAGGAAGCGUGGUACUGCCCCAAGUGCAAGCAGCAUCGCGAGGCCUCCAAGCAGCUCAUGCUGUGGCGCCUGCCCAACGUGCUCAUCAUCCAGCUCAAGCGCUUCUCCUUCCGCAGCUUCAUCUGGAGGGACAAGAUCAACGACAUGGUGGACUUCCCGGUCCGGAGCCUGGACUUGAGCAAGUUCUGCAUCGGGCAGAAGGAGGAGCAGCAGCAGCCCAUGUACGACCUGUAUGCGGUGAUCAAUCACUACGGCGGGAUGAUCGGCGGGCACUACACGGCCUACGCCCGGCUGCCCAGCGACAAGAGCAGCCAGCGCAGCGACGUGGGCUGGCGGCUCUUUGACGACAGCACGGUGACCACGGUGGACGAGAGCCAGGUGGUGACGAGAUACGCGUACGUCCUCUUCUACCGCCGGCGGAACUCUCCCGUGGGGCGCCCCCCAGAGCACCGGCCAGACAUGGCCGCCGCCGAACCAGCCGCCAGCCAGGCUUCUCUGAUCUGGCAGGAACUGGAGGCCGAAGAGGAAGAGGAGCCCGAGGCUCGCAGGAGGCAUGCCAGGACGCCCUGUCGGCCCCGUGGCCAGAAGGCAAGCCAGGACGCCCAGCAGCACGCUGACGAAGGCUGCCUCCGAUAUGUUGUGCUGGGCACCAUGGCAGCCAUUGUAGCACUCUUCCUAAAUGUCUUCUACCCCCUCAUCUCCCAGAGCCGCUGGGAGAGCGUGGGCCUGGCCCUGGCAGCAGCUGGGCAUCCUGGCACAGCCGCCUUGCUGCAGACAAGGCGACCCUCUGGCGCUGUGCAGAGGGCUCUGCUGCUCACUCGGGCACUGGAGGAAGCUGUUGGAGUGCUCUGGGGCCCUCAGCGCUGCGGCUGCCUCCUUGUCAUGUUCUUGCUGUGCGAGGCGGCUGCUGCCGCCACUCAGGGCUCGCUGCCCCGGCCUGGUUGGUGGGGCAUGAACCCCGUGUCGUUCAGCUCCACCGCCACCCCCGAAGGAGGCCUCCCGCCACCCCCCGCCGGGCUCCCGGAUCGCUUUGCCAGCCCCACAGAGUGCCCUGCCCCCUCCUACAGCAACAUGGAGGAAGUCGACUGAGGCGCAGCUGGCUGCUGACAGGGGUGGAUGUGCAAGGGGCUGUUCUGUGGCUUCCCACCUCCUGCCCCUUGCCGGGGGGUCCCUGCCCUGGCCCUGCUCAAGCACUUUCCUCUCAGCCCCUGCCCUGCUGGGUAACGGUUUCAUUGGCUGCCAGGCAGGGAUAGGGGUAGGAGGGCCCAGGGCUGCAUGGGCCUGGGGCAGCUCGCUGGGGAUCACCUGGCCCCAAUCCUCCAUUGCCCUGUGGCCCACAUGGGAACAGAACCUGCUGCUCCUUUGUGGGGCUGGGACUGGGGCUUCUCCCUGUUCCCCAGGAUCUGGCAGCUCCCUGGCAUGGUAAUUGGGAGGAUGGGUGUGGGGCAGCCUCCCUCUCCAGGGGCUGGGCCUGCCAAGGGUGGCUUUGCCUGCUCUCCUUGUCUUGCUGUUGACAAGGUCCCUGUGGUGCCCGUGCCCAUGCAACUGUGGGCUCUGGCACGGGGGUCACAGCCUGGCCCUACUGCAUUCUGCCAGCUCAGGCUGGGCGGGGUGAGGAAGGCAGGCGCCUCUGCGAACGGGUGCUAGAGCCAGCGGCUGCUUGCUCAGGCCCAGCAGCCGCCCCCGGCGCGUGUGCCCCCUUCUCCCGUGCAUUGGUGCAUUCUCUGGAAUCGCAUUCUCCGGCCCCUGGGAUCUGACUGCUGCUGCCUCCCUUGAUUCUCCCCAGGCGGAGCCCUUGCCUCCCUCCCGCCAGCUGCUGCUCCCCCUCACUUUGUAUAAAGUUGGUGUUUGUCUUGAGUCAUUAAAUUCUAUUGAACUCUG